AUGCAAAAAUUUACACUCAUUGGUUUUGAUGCAAAAGGCGUUCUCGUCUGUGAUAAAAGUGGCUUAAUAUUAACCAGUAAAGAUGUUUCCAUCUCUCCUGGACCCGUGGCACGCCUUGCUGAACUAGCAACUUCUCUAUCAGGCCGACGAACAACUGUAUGUCUCGAACACAAUGAAAACCAAGUUCUUAUUCAUCAAACAGACAAAGCCAUUGUGGCCGUGUAUACAAAAAAUGCUACCUAA